AUGACACACGGACACCGGUACAAGUGUACCCCAUGUGACGGUUUGGCGGGGGAGUAUGACGCGGUACGCAGCGGCCACCAAAUGGUUAGGCAUUAUAAAAAAAAGACCAACCAACAUUCAUGGUCUGAAGACUCAAUGAAGUCUGCAAUAUUGGCAUUUAAUAAUAAGGAGAUGGGAUUCAGAAAAGCUGCAUUAUCUUUUGGUGUUCCUCAAACAACUUUAGAAAGAAGAGCAAAACAAUUUGCAGCAACUGAAAAUUUAGCUAAAGCUAGCACAAAAGUUGACUUUAUAAUUUUAACUCUUGGAAGAUUCAAAACGGUGUUUACUGAGGAGCAGGAUGUACAAUUAGUAGAGUGCAUAAAGACUAUGGAAGCACGUUUGUUUGGUUUGACUUCAUUAGAGUUGAGAAGUUUAGCAUACCAAUUAGCAGUUAAAAAUAAUAUAAGCCAUACAUUUUGUAAAGAUGAUUUAGCAGGAGUGGACUGGUUGUAUGGCUUUAUGAAGCGACAUUCAGAUUUGUCAUUACGUCAACCUGAAGCUACGUCAGCUGCUAGAGCAUCAGGUUUUAAUCCGAUUGCUGUUGGUAAGUUUUUUGCUUUGCUAACUGAAGUAGUAGACAAAAAUAAAUUAACAGCUUCACAAAUAUUCAAUGUCGAUGAGACUGGGAUAAUUUGUGUUCCAAAAUCUCAUUCUAAAGUCAUUGUAUGCCGUGGCCGUCGACAAGCAGGAGCGAUAACUUCUGCUGAAAGGGGUCAGACGAUAACAGCUGAAAUAUGCAUGGGUGCUGAUGGGUCAUACAUGCCUCCAAUGCUUAUUUUUCCUCGCGUAAGAAACAAACCAGAACUUAUUGAUGGUGGACCACCUGGAGCAUGGGCUGAAGUUCAUCCAAGUGGAUGGAUACAGACCGAUUUGUUCCUUAAAUGGUUUGAUAAAUUUGUAAUUUUUUCCAGAGCUUCUAAGACCCAUAAGGUUUUACUUUUAUUAGAUGGCCAUGCUACCCAUACUAAAUCAUUAGAACUUAUAGAUAAAGCUAGAGAUGCUGGUGUUAUAUUGCUUUGCUUUCCACCUCACUGCACGCAUAGACUUCAACCAUUAGACGUAGCUUUUAUGAAACCACUUAGCUUAUAUUACAGCGAUGAAGUUAAAAAAUGGCUUAGAGAGCACGCUAAAGACCAUAGAGUUGUCACACAGUUUCAGAUUGCUUCACUUUUUGGUAAAGCAUAUUUAAAAGCAUCAACUAUGACAACAGCUAUCAGUGGCUUUAGAGCAACAGGCAUUUGGCCAGUAGAUGCCAACAUAUUUAAAGAACAUGACUUCCUUGCUAGUGCUGCUACUGACAUUGAUUUAAAUGUUUCAGUAACAGAUUUGCAAAAUAUUUCGAACAGUGUGCUCCAAGCUAAAGAUGUGUUAACUCCAAUCAUACAAACAAAUAGUCUGCCCAUCAUUCAUCCUUCAACUUCAAAUCCUAUUGGACAGCAAAAUAAUGACUCAACUCUUUCUAUAACACAGCAUAGUUCACCAGGAUGUUCUCAUUGGUCAGCAGGUGCUGAAAAAUCAGUGACAAAAUCAUUUUUUGCUUUAUCUCCUGAAGAAAUUCAACCUAUUCCGAAAAGUAACAAAACCACUGCACGAAUAUCUAGGAAAAGAGGGAAAACAGCAAUUCUCACAGAAUCUCCUUACAAAAAUGAGCUUUUAGCUGCUAACAUAUUAAGUGCAACACCCAGACAAGUUAGACGUUCUUUAUCGUUCGGCCAAAAAAAAAAAUGCUAG